AAAUAAAGAAUAAGAAUAACCAAUGUCGCAAGAAAGCUUGAAAUUUCUCUAGAAAAAGAAAUCAUCUUUUUGUUCCGUAGUGUAGCUCUCACUCACGUUUGGGACUGCGAGGGCAAACCAACGAAGAAGACUUCGAUUUGUGUCUCGGCCAAUGACGGUCUGGAGAACGUUUUCUUUUGAUACAGGAAUAGUUAAAAAGGUUAUUGGGGAAAUCGAAGAAAUUACUGGAGAAAAGCUGACUUCGUUUUUGAAGAAUUCAUUGCAAAUCAAAACAAGUUUACAUCAGGAUAAAAAUCUCCGUGGACUCAAUUAAAUUUUUUUGAUACUGUGAUACUUAUGCGUUGAACACAAAUGAUGAAAAGAAGUGUAGAGGCUAAAAUACUUGUAUUUAUUAGUGUGGACUGUCCCGGCAAUAUCUUCCUAGCUGUUGGUUGAGAAUAUAAUAUAUAUUAUACACAGUCACUGCCUAAAUUUCAGAAGUGGUUCUCUGUGAUCUGAAACUUGAUUAUAUCAGUGAGAAGGAGGAAUGGAAUGUUCAAUUCCAGAGGCCGCAGAAUGCGAUCUCUCCAUUCCAAUUCCGAGGGGUGGACCCAUUUACGUUCCCAACAUGGUCGGCCCCUCCACUAGGGUUCCUCACUUUCAGACUUCUCUUCUUUCUGAACUUCAGAAUCUUGAGGCUGAAUUGUCUGAAGAUUUCUCUCACCUUGAUAUCUCGGUGGAUGACCUUAAAAUAUUUACCGAGGACCAGUUGAUGGAUAUCGCUCUCAAAGAAGUAUUUAAGGGCACUGAGAACGAUGAAAAUCAUCCUCCUCUUCCAGACCAACCCAAUGCAAGGUGUGGUGACAAGAAAUCAAAAAGAAAGAGAAGGGGAACAAAUAAUUAUGUUCUUGACAUUGACUGUAUAGAAAAGGUGGAGCAAGUGGUGAGAAUCAAACAGAAGCAGGAAGAAGACAAAGCAGCAGCCAAGCUUCAUUCAUUUAAUCCUGCUUUCAAGAUCAAUGAAGCUGCACAUAAAUCAACUAAAACGGAAAGGAUGAGGACCCUUAGGUCUACGAGUUCCACCAGAAAGCAGGUCAACACUGUCAGCCUUCAGGAACACGUACCUGUGCAGUAUCCUGAAGUUGUUUUGUUUGUGGAGGUUUACCAUAAUGUUCGCAAGGGUACCAAGAUCCAGGAGUUAUUAGUUCUUGGAGGACAGAUGUUAACUGCACUAAGGGACAAGAUCUUUUGCUCAACAGACCAGGUGAUGCACAAAGCUGGGCAGCAUGAUCCUUCUGGAUAUUUUCUCAUCGAAGAUGUAUUCUGCCCUGAUUUGAGGGAUCCAUCUGCUAUUGAUCUCACAAGACCUAUAUUGGAUUGGCUCCAAAACUCCAAGGAGGAGGCACAAAAGAAAUGGGAAUAUAUUAUAACUGGAGAGCUGCAGAAGAAACAAAAGGCAAUCAUGGGUGAACAAUCUGCAUCACAGUUGCCUCACUUUAGAUCCAUUGAGAUGCAGAAGUUACGUUUUUGUGACUUAAGCUUUCAACUUGGUGCUGGAUAUCUCUAUUGUCAUCAGGGUAACUGCACCCAUACCUUAGUGAUACGAGAUAUGAGAUUAAUUCAUCCUGAUGACGUGAAUAAUCGAGCUCUCUAUCCAAUAAUCACGUUUCAACUGAAGUUACGUUUUCAGAAGUGCAGUGUUUGCAAAAUAUUCAGAGCUACAAAGAUCACUGUGGAUGACAAAUGGACACCAGAAAACCCUUGUUAUUUUUGUGAUGAAUGUUUUUCCCUACUUCAUCAAGCAGAGGAUGGCUCUGCAUUAUAUACCGACUUUGUAGAGUAUGAUUACAACCAUGAUUAAUUGCUGAUAGCCUUGGACGAACACCAACAGGCGAUUAAAGUUACUUACAAAAAGCUCAUUCAAAA